AUGGUGGUAGGUUCGCCCGCUCUGCAUGAAGGAGGCGGCGGCGGCCGCCGGUGGCUGAUGCCGGGCGCCUGGCUCUGGCUGACGGUGGUGCUGGGCGCGGUGUCCCCCCCGCGGGUGCACGGCCGGAGGCUGAUCUGCUGGCAGGCGGUGCUGCAGUGUCAGGGGGAGCCCGAGUGCAGCUACGCGUACAACCAGUACGCCGAGGCGUGCGCCCCGGUGCUCCUGCAGCAGCACCCGGCCGGCAGCGCCGGGGCCGCUGCCGCCUCCUCCCGGCGGCGGUGCCCGAGCCACUGCAUCGCGGCCCUGAUCCAGCUCAACCACACCCGGCGGGGCCCGGCGCUGGAGGAAUGCGACUGCGCGCAGGAUGAGACCUGCUGGGCCACCAAGCGCGCCAUCGAGCCCUGCCUGCCCCGCACCAGCGGCGGGGCCGGGGGCGCGGCGGGCGGCGGAGGCGGCGGGGUGAUGGGCUGCACCGAGGCCCGGCGGCGCUGCGACUGGGACAGCCGCUGCAGCGCGGCGCUGGGCCGCUACAUGGUGUCCUGCGGCAAGCUCUUCAACGGGCUGCGCUGCACCGAGGAGUGCCGGGCCGUGAUCGAGGACAUGCUGGCCGUGCCCAAGGCCGUGCCGCUCAACGACUGCGUCUGCGACGGGCUGGAGCGGCCCAUCUGCGAGACAAUGAAGGAGAACAUGGCCCGCCUCUGCUUCGGCGCCGAGGCGGGCGGCAACGGCGCCGGCAGCAGCGGCGGCUCGGACGGGGGGGCGGAGGAUUACUACGAUGAUGAGUACGAGGACGAGCCCAGGCGGGACGAGCCAGAUGAGCCCGGCCCCCAGCCCGGCUUCUCCGCGCCGGUCGAUCGCGCCUGCCGAGCGCCCGCCCCAGCAGCCUGGACCGCGCUGGCCUCCAUUUUGCUGCUGCUGCUGCUGUAGCCACCGAGUCCCCAUUUGCUUCAGGGCUCGCGCGCGCGCGGCGCUCGGGACACGUGGGGUGAUCCUCGGUCCCAGACGUCCCCCCGGGAUCAUUUAGUGGGACAUUCUCCUCCUCCAUCUCCGCGGUCGUUUCUCCAGACACGGCCCCUCCCUCCCCCAAUACUUCUCUGCACACCCUCUUGCCAACACCUGCCUGGACAUUUAUCUUAG